UAAAUUUGAUACAUAAAACUCCUGAGUAGUCUCUGUCUGUGUUGAACAGAAAAUUCCUAAUAUUUUUUCCAUUACGGUUUCAAACCAGACGAAAACGUCGUAAAACAACAAUGUAAAUUCGGUUUAAUUCGUGCGGUUAUGUUAUUUACCAUUGGCUCAUGGUAAAACUAAAAGUGAAGUGACUUUUUUUCAAAAUGGAUUUCGCUGAUUUUGGCGAAAGUGAUGAUUGUAAUUGUUUUGAAGGGAGCAGCGGAUCGAUAGAAAGGAUUGAUCAUUAUCAUCAUCAGUGCUAACUCGUGUAAAAUAGUACAUAUUCCACCAAAUACUUAGUGGAAAAGGCAAUUCUUUUGUUAUUGGAGAAAAUUAACAAUAAAACAGUGCAAAAUGAAUUUUAUGGAAUCUGGUGUUGGUUAAACAAAAUCGAAGCAGACAUGGAGAAACGAGAGGUGGUGAAAAAUGACAACUGUGCAAGUGUUUUAAUCAAGUGCAUCAUUAAAUGAGUUGCCAAACAAUCUGUUUAAAAACUAGAUUAUAUGUAGCUUCAGGAAAUAAACUAACUAAACUCAAUUCUAGAAUAAACUGGAGUUAAAUUUUCUGUAAUUCAUUACGCUCGCCAAGUAAAAAGAAUGCAGGUAAACAGUAAACAUCGAGGUGGCGACACUAGUUAUAUUGUGAGGUUCUUGUCAAAACUUUAAAAUUGUUGUAAGUGUCAUCUAGUAGAAAUUGAAGAAACUACACGUUUCGUGACGUCAUCCGGUUAAUACACAUUGACAAUUAGCGAACAACAGAAACAUAAGGAUUUGUAAAUGUGUCGCACAUGACCCCACAGUGGGAAACGGUUACAGCAGUUUAAAUUUCUGCGGAUAAAAGUAAAUCGAUUGAUUUGCAAACAGACAAACGUUAUCAUAUUCAAAUACUUACUCUUACGUAAUAUUCAAUAUUCAAGAAGCAUUAAUCGUAGAACUCAGCUUACAUAUAAAUACAUCAAACAACUGUAUCCAAAAUCAGCAUUAAUAGUAGCAGUCAUUCCGCUCCUACGGAUUACUAGAAAAAGGCAACACAUCUGUAAAAUUUAGCAUAGCUAAGUCCACAGUAACUCCAAGUCCACCAGACCAAUCAAAUUGGGGAACGCGUUGUGUCCACUCUAUUUUAGGGUGGUAAACAACGACGCCGCAACACGGCCCAACGAAGUAUGUCGCAGAAGGGGCAAAAGCGAUCGAACCGUGUCGAAAACGAUGGACCACCCCCAAUCAAAAAGCGGAAGGGUCGCCCGGCGGUAUCGUCUAUGGAAGACGAUAACUCGCUUACAUCAAACACCGGUGGUCCGACAACGCCAACCAAGAACUGGCAACCCCGGGCGGUUAUCGACAUCAAGAUGUCCAGCAUAUACAACCGUACUGCACCGGAAGCACCGGCUGAACUGUUUAGGAAAGAUCUUAUCAGUGCCAUGAAGCUACCCGAUUCGGAGCCAUUAGCUGCCGAUGAGUAUUGGGUCAUCAAUGACCAAUGGAAGCAGGAAUGGGAGCGAGGUGUGCAGGUUCCGGUUAAUCCUGAUUCUCUACCGGAGCCUUCGGUGUCAAUUAUACAGGAGAAUCAUUACAAAAAACGACAAGAUUUUAAGCUUCCCAAAAACAAAUAUAUUCGAAUAACCAAGGAUGAAUCGUUUUCUCACGAUCAACACUACCUAUCCAACACACCAGCCAUUUCCGAGCAGGUGUGCUAUUAUGAUCUCGAUCAGUGCGAUGAGGCCUGGUUGAAGGUCUUCAAUGGAGAACGAAACUUAGCCGGACUAGUGCCAGUGACUGAUGAGCAAUUUGAGAGAGUCGUUGAAGAGCUAGAAGUUCGAUGUUGGGAUAAAAUCCAGGCAAUUAUGAAAAGCGAGGAAGGUCUUGGCAUAGAGUACGACGAAAAUGUUAUCUGCGACGUGUGUCGUUCGCCAGACUCAGAGGAAGCCAACGAGAUGGUGUUCUGUGAUAAUUGCAAUAUAUGUGUGCAUCAAGCUUGUUACGGGAUAACUAAUAUACCGUCUGGACAAUGGAUGUGUCGUACGUGUUCCAUGGGACAGAAACCCGAUUGUGUGCUGUGCCCGAACAAGGGUGGCGCGAUGAAGUCUACCAGAUCCGGCCAAAAAUGGGCACAUGUUUCCUGUGCUCUUUGGAUCCCCGAGGUCAGCAUUGGUUCCGUCGAUCGCAUGGAACCAAUAACGAAAAUUUCCAGUAUACCGGCCAGUCGAUGGGCUCUGAUUUGUGUGCUCUGCAGGGAAAGAGUUGGAGCGUGCAUCCAGUGUUCGGUAAAAACUUGUAAAACCGCCUAUCAUGUAACGUGUGCUUUCCAGCAUGGGUUGGAGAUGCGGGCCAUAAUUGAAGACGAGAAUGCUGAGGAUGGUGUGAAGCUCCGCUCGUAUUGCCAGAAGCAUGGUGUUCAUAAAGGUAAACGUGAUAAUAAAAAUUCCAACAACAACACAGGAUCUGCAACAGACGAUGAAACCGCAAGCAGUGGAGAGGUAAAACGUAAGAAGCGCAAAGACAUGACGUCGGAAGAACGCAACCAAGCGCGGGCUCAACGUAUGCAAGAAAUUGAGGCCGAGUUUGACAAGCAUGUUAGUGUUAAAGAUAUUAGUUGUCAUUUGUUAGAUGUUGAUCAGGAAGCUAUUCAUUACAUUUAUAAUUAUUGGGUAUUGAAGCGCAAAUCUGGUCACAAUCGUCCACUUUUACCUCCCAAAUCCGAUGAUGUUGACAUGGUAACCCAGAAUCAGGAGCAAGCGGAUGAUUUAGAGAAAAUGAAAAUGUUUGUUCAUCUACGGCAGGAUCUCGAAAGGGUUCGUAAUUUGUGCUAUAUGGUUAGCAGGCGCGAAAAAUUAUCACGUUCAUUUUUCCGUAUGCGAGAGCAAACCUUUCAUAAACAGAUCGCCUCUCUAUGUCAGCGAGCUAACGAUAAGAGACCUCUAGAUGAAUCUACAAUCGAUGUUAUUUUACAAGCGAACCACGGUCCUACGAUAUAUGAUAGACUAUAUUCAAGUGAUUCCGUUAGUAGUAGUGCAGUACUGAGUUUAGAGAAUAUGUUAGGGUGUAUAAUUGGUGUACAUAGUAGUGGUUCUACUGGCAACAGUAGUAAGGUAAAUAACCGUAAACAACAACAGCAGCAACAAUUGCGACAGUCACAAUCAGUCGAUAAAGAAGAAGUUGCUGCUAAUAGUAGGAAACCUUCAGAUAUCAAUGGAAUGAACAAAUCCACAACUCAACGACAAGCUAGUAAUAAACAGGAUAACAAACGAACAUAUAUAAACGGUGCAGCACAGCGUAGUAUGAGUGAUAUUUCAAGCGAAAGCGAAGAACACUCGAGACGCGUGAGCACAACUGCAAGUUCGGCAGAGGAAGAUGAUUUAAAGAAAAAUUCUUCCCCAGCCACGAAAAAGAAAGCCCGUCAAACUAAAGCCGCGGAUCGGAAAAGAAGGAAAAUUAAUUCAUCCACUGAGAAAAAUCGGCGAAACUCGGUGGAGAGUUCUAGUGAAGAUGAACGAGGUAAUGAUCGACUCAAGGGAACACCCGGCACGAAUGAAUCGAUACCGCAAGCGAAAAAGGGUAACCAAUCUCGCAAUCAUUCACUUCGUCAGAUGGAGAGAGAAUACGCUGACGAUAGGAUGCGGUGUUCCGACUCCAAUGACAGUGAUGAGAUAGUACCGAUUGUGUCACGAGCCUGUAAUCAAACUGGAACGGCGCAUACCUACAGCAACAAGAAGAUGUUACACAUAUAUUCAGAUUCUGAUAGUACCGACAAGGACAAGACUGAUAAUACUGCCAGCGACUCGCAGCAACAUCCGUUCCGCACUAAAGCAGCUAUGAAAGAGUUUAACUUAGCAGAGGCAGACCGGCUCAAACAAAAAUCAUUAUCGCCAGUGAAGCCAACGAAACAAGCGACUUCGACUGCAUCAUCUGCAGGAAUGUCUUCAUCGGUUAUGACUGGCUCUUCAAAGGCAGACACAAAGAAAAUAUCCACAGACACAGUUUUUGCAGCUACCCCCGCAACCAGCAGUGGCUAUUCCUCCACUAGUAAAUCUGGUAAAGAGGCUGGAAACAAUGUCAAUAGGAAAAAGCUAGACAAAGACAGCUCGAAACAGGCAGCUAAAAAAGAUUUUUCGACCGAUUUAUUAGUUGUCCCUCAACGUGAAGCUGCGAAAAAAGCUUCUGAGAAUUUAAUGAAAACAAACGUUCAAGCCCCAGCAGUGCAGUCAUCGUCCCUGGUCCAAACCAGCGCAAGUCAUCCAUCAACUGUGGGUAAGAAGGAAAUCAAAGAACCACGAACGGAUGCCGUUCUGAGCAGUAGUAGUAGCAGCAGCAGUAGCAGUUCAAGCAGCAGCAGCAGUAGUAGUGGUAGUACUAGUUCAAUCAGCAGUACCGGUAGCAACAGCAGUGUGAGUAGUAGUAGUAGUAGCAGCGGCAUCAGUACAGGUAGCGGUACUAAGGAUAUGGAACAAAAAACUAGUACUGGUAACAAACAUAGUAAGGAGAUUGUGAACGAAGUUCCUCAGAAAUCUUCUUCAACAGCGAAAAGAAGCAACAGUAAAGCAGCUGCUAAACAACCCAUUGAACAGACUACAGCUGAAUCGGUCACGACGAAACACUCAGUAGAAAAGCAGGAUCGAGUCACUGAAAAAGAUAAGCGAGAAAGGGCACCGAACAAAGAAAAGACCUUACCUAAAGAUCGCGAAGAAGUUGAUAAAGAAAAGUUAGCGAUUGAAAAGCAACGCGGAAACUCCAAGGAAUCGUCCUUAUUAGAUAUGCUAGCCUACGUACCACAGCGACAAGCUGCAAAGAAAGCUGCGGAACACAUCAAGAGUGGCAUGGGGAAACCGGCCGAGACAACUGUGACAUCCGCAGCAAUGUCCCUUGUUCCGGAAGAAACCAAACAAACAAAGAUUCCAGCCAAGAUACCAGUUCCCACCGCUGCGAGUCGCAAGGAAGAGAAGAAAAUUUCUACACCUUCUAGUAGCUCCAGUUCAGAAACUAGUUCGUCGUCAUGCUCUAGUUCUAGCAGCUCGGAUUCGGAUAGCGACGAAGAGGAAGAAGAGGAAAACGACAGUAAGAAGGCGACAGCUGUUUCGCAGUCAAUCAAGACGGCUGGUGCUUCUAAAGCUAUCCCAGCUUCGUCACUUACUGGUAAGUCGGCCACUGCUACUGCAGCCCGCAAAACAGAUCGGCAGAUGCCCUUUCUUGACAAGAGUAAAUCUUCCGAAUCUGGUUCCAGUUCUUCCUCGUCCGAUACCGACUCCGACUCCAGCAGUAGUCAGAGUAAUGACUCGACGCGACUACAAGCGAAAGGUGGUCGACGAAAAUCCGUCUUGGCAAGAAGAGAAGCUAGUCCUAAGAAACAAAUCGGUCGAAAGGAAAUCGAUUGUAGUAAAAAAGCAUCAACAACCGGGAGCAAAGCUGCUUCGGCGAAUGCAGCCGUACGUACAGCUGAUAAGACUACAGUUACCGUUAAAAGAGAAUCACCAACUACAGUGCCCGGUAAAACCAGUGAUGCUGCCAAUAACUCUAGGCAACCGGACAAGGCUCCGCUCACACCCGUCGGCACUGAGCCGUCAAGUGGCAGCAACCUUACACCCUCAAAGCCUGCCUCACCCAUCAAAGAUGGCAAAAUGCCUCACGAUCGAUCCCGAACUGCUGACCUGCUCAAAUCGGGAGAUAAUUCUAAGAAUGUCGCUGGUAAUAAAAUGAUUCCCAAUCGGCGAAAUUCGUGUCUUAUUGCUACAGCAAACGAGAUAAAACCUCCACUACCAUCAGUAGAUACCAGCAAGCCGGUAUCUAUUCGAGGUCGUCGCAAAUCUGUUUAUGUUGAUUUCGACCGAGAAAAGAAAGAAAAGGAACGGUUGACAGCUGCAGCUGAAAAGAUGAUUAAGGAAGAGCAACAAAAAAAGAAGACUGCAGGAAAGAUUGCAGUUUUCGAGAAAGAAGCAGGAAACCAGAAGGGAACAGCGGCAAGGAAAGGUGUAGGUGUAGAAAAGGUGGUAGGAAAAACCGAUGGCACAGGAAAAACUUCACUUACUGAGAAGGAAAAAUCUCCAGAAGUAGCAAAGCUCAUGCUUGCCGAAAAAGUUGUAAUUAAUGAAAGAGUGGUGUCGCGAACGGCAGUAUCACCAUCCACUCAAGAUCUUAAUGCCAAUCGCAAAGAACAAGAGCCGUUGCCAGCCCAAGAGCAAAAGCGAGACCGAGGAAAUAUUCGUGGCCGAUUAAGUAGCCGUAAGGAAAAGGAAGAUGUAAUACUCAUCGAUGAUUCGUCAUCACGAAGUAGCGCCGGUAGAAAGGAAGAUGAACCGGUGGAAGCAAGACACAUGUCAGCGCUUGGCUCAGUAGUAACGACAAAUCAACGUGAAGAAAAAGGCAGUGAAGUAUUGAAAGUUACGGGCAAGAGUGUGAUUGAUCGUGUGAAAAACGAUGUCGAGCAGAAAGAUGAUAAUAAAAUCAACCCAAUUGAGAGAACUAACAGUGAUAAAUACUCAAAAAUUCAAGACCAUGGUUCGAAACUCGAAAUUGGGGGAACAGAGCAGACGGCAUUGUAUGAUGCCAAGGACGCUAGUAUUGAAGAGAAAAAGGUUGCUAUCAAACCGUUAACAGGAAUACAUGACCCAGCAUCUGCCCCUUUGAAGGACAAAUCCAUAGAUUUUACUGAAACUAAGAAAGACAUUGAGAUCAUUUCGCUGGUAGACGAUUCAAGGUCUAACGAUGGCCGCGAAGUAGUUAUAGUAGAAGACGGUUCGAGCGAUAGCAAAACUGAGAAGAAUAGCGACAUAACUAAGAAGGAAGAAAACAUUAAUGAUUUUUCAGCAGAUAAUCUACAGCCUGAGCUUUCUGAACAGAUUCCGACGCCAAUCAAAGCUUCUCUUGCGCUAGCUGAAGAGAAGAAACAAUUUGAACUGGAGUCACUGGCCAUGGCUGCUGUUUCUCAGUCUAUUCCAGUCACAACUUCGUCGUUUCAAGCGCCUUUAAGUAUGGAGAACAUUCCAAUAACUACGAACAGUAUGAGCAACCUUAUGAACAAUUUUACUAGCAGUAAUACCAAUAACAAUAGCAAUAAUUUGGCUUCUAAAGACGCCGGAUUGAACACAUCCAGUGGGGGUUUGUGUCAGUCGAUAUUCGACUUGCUGUCAUUACCGGCAGUGACUGAAUCGGUUUCGGACGAUACGUUCGGCUUGAAUCCGCCUCUCAAUUUCCCAUUUAUGGAAGAUGGUAAAGAGGAUACACAACGAGAAACACUCAAUCUUGUUGAGAAGCUGCGCCAAAAAUACAAAAAAGGUUCAACCGGAGCUCAGGAUAACAAGCAAGACCAAGACAAAGAAUCUCGCAACGAGAUUAUGUCUAUUGACGAUGAAGGGAAAAUGUUCGAACCUGCUGGCCAACCUGCUUCGUUAGAGUUCAGUAGCAGUGGUAAAGACAUUCCUGCCAUUGUUCAAACAAUGGCAAAAGGAAAACCGACAACUAGCAACGACGUUGAGUACUUUGGCAAGUAUAAUUCCAACGAUGAAAUUGAAAGCUCAGUACAAAAUAGUAAGAAAAAUCUUAAGGACGACCAUUUGGAUCACCUCACAAGCAGACCUUCUGAUGAGCGAUGGGUACCUCCAUCUUUGUUACAAAAUCACAGCCAACAACAACAGCAAAUGUCCACUACAAUCAGUGAUAAUCAAAGAAUGCUGCACCAACAGCAACAGCCUCCAAGCUGCUUGGACGCCACUGCUUUGCUGAACAAUCAAUCUGGCUCGAAUAAUCAGAAGCAACAGUCUCAUCUGAAUGACCAGGUAUCUGGGUUGUUCGAGAGUAUGGUAACACAAACCAAUCACCACCAUCCAACGCAGCAUCCGCAUUUGGAGGACAUUAACCAAUUACCAGAGUUGGACUUCAUGCAGACCAUCAAAAGCGUUGCCAAUCAAAAUGAAGCUACCUCAUUGUUGUUCGAAAACCUACAACAACAGCAACGUCGUUGGAAUGAUAUUCUACCAAAUCAAAAGAAGCAUGAGUGUUCGGUCAUGCAAGAGAAAGAAAAUAUGUUACUCAAGCAACAACAACAACAGCAGCAGCAACAGCAUGAUAUGAAUGCUAAUAAUCACCGUAACAAGCUUAAUGAUCUCAAUAAUUUCAUGGAUAUACAAAACCAACUGCCACAAUCUCAGUCAGCAUCACAACAGUCACAGCCGCCGCCGAACAGUAUGAACCCACUCGAGCAAUACAAUUUCAACGAAACCUCGCAGUAUCCUGGUGCAGUAGCUUUGUUUCCGCCUACCAAUGUUCAGGUUCCAUUUCCGUCUCCUGGUGCGGCUAUGUUCCCUCCCAAUUUCGCACCGAACUUCCAAUCCGGUAAACAGCAGCAGCCACCACAUCACCCAAUGCUACCAACUGCGGCAGCUGGUGGGCAGCAACAGCAGCAGCAACAACAAACUUCGGUUCCUACGUCUCAGCAACAGCAACAAACAACGGCGAAUAUUGUUCGAAGCGGUAGUAAGCCGGACGACAUAGUCGUACCAAACAGUCUCUGUGGAGCAACUUUUACCUCAUCAUCACACAACAUGGCACUGACGGAAGCAAUUGUUUCGCCUCCCACCCCUCAGCAACAGCAAAAGCAACCGUUGACUCCUCGGAUGGCAGCUUCUCCACUAACGGCUAUGGUUUCGCCCAAUAAUCAACAGCAACAGCCAACUCCAGAGCAUAACUUCAUGCUGAAUCACUCACCGGCAAUGAUGGGACCACAGACGCCACAAAUGCCGCAGCAGCAGACACCACAGCAACAAGACAGUGCUGGUAUUCUCCAAUCACUGGAUCAAAACAGCGUAGCUAAAAAAUCACCCACUAAGUCGGCACGAUCUUCUUCGCGAAUUCAGAAUCAAAUUCACGAUGCAUCGGUUACGGUAGCUCUGAGUCAAAUAAAGUCUCCCAACAUUAGUCCUGGUAAGAGCCCAAAAACAUUUGAUCCCAAAGCUCAGCAUUCCCAGUUAAUGGUCACAGAUUCACUACGUGGGAAACCGCAAAAGUCAGAAAGUGGGGCGAAACGAGGACCACGAGGGCCACGAGCAAACAGUUCAAGUCAGCGUGGUGGAGCUACAGCAAAGAGUAAAAAUGGAAGACAGGGACGUGGUGGUCGACAGCAGAUUGGUUUCAUCCAGCAAUUGGCGCACAAUGAAUAUAACGAUUUCGUAGGUGGCACUAUUCAUACUAAGUUGAUAGGAACGGUAUACGAUCCCGAUUUUGAUGAUGACUUAGCCUGCAAUAGAAUGGAGAAGCUGCAAGAUAUGCGCGACAGGCGAAGAUCCAUUGACUGCCGUUUACAAGACUCUUUCCGAGCGUCUCGUGAACCCUCAAAGUCACCAAAGUUUCCUAGCUUGAAUAUAUAUUCGUCGCAAAAUGCUAGCCUCGGUGGAGCAAAUAAACAAAACCGAUCUUCAUUUACACCUGCAUCAUUAGCACCCAGCCUUAGCUCAAGUAUAGUUACGGGAGGAAACAUUAAUGUAACGCAGCCCACUGUUAGUACUAGCCUUCAAGAUAUGGUUCCGACAGUAUUACCAGGUCCUGUCGAUAUGCGGACGUACAACAGUGGUUUUGAUUCAUCGACCAACACGGAUGCCUACAAUAAUCAUCUUCUUGGAGCGUUUGCUAGUGGCAUUGCUGAUCAAACUUUAGCCGAAAUAGAUGAAGAUGUGGAAAAUGAAUGGCAGUCUGCAUUGAAAGCUAGUAAUAACAAGGUUGCUACAACCCCUUCAGCUUCUGCAAUCGCUUCUCAGGCUGCCCUCAGUUCCGAUUCUUCAACUGUAACUGCAACAUUGUCGACCGGCUUGUCAGCUUCUACUACAUUAACCAUUACUCCAACCAUACUAGAGCCGAUCGAGCUACCACAAGAGGAGACAAAUGAUUCGGAUAGCAUAAUUACGAAAGUAUCAUUGUCAGAUUCUAGAAAUAUUAUGAAGCUCAAAAUUAAGGGACCAUUGGCACAACUGGACAACAGCUCCUCCUCCUCGACGACCACACUUCAGCAAACCGUGAAUGUUAUGGAUUCCAGCUUGAAUGCUCCGAUCAUGUCCACUCCUCUAGCUGUCAACAUAGGGGGUGGAUCAUCUAACCUUAGAAGAAUGCGCAAGAAAGAGUUACUUCGGCAAUACUGGACUCAAGACAUGAACCACGAUGACCAGACAGGACUACAGGUAGUAGACCAAAAUCCAAGUCUCUCACUGACCACCUCUAUUAGCAGGACCGUUGGCAUUCCAAAAGCAGUUGACUCACUUUGUACAAUGCCUACCAAAGACGACUAUAAAGAUUAUGGAGGAGUAGACUUUAAGAAACGAAGGAAACUUUCGUCGAAUAUGUCAAGAGAGCUUCGUGGGCUGGUUCCUACGGAGCACGACAUUGCCGAGCGUCGACGAAGUGUCGGUUCUACCGGUAGCAAUGGGUCAACCAGUAAUAUGGCUGCCGAUAUUUCACCAGUAGCCAAACGGCGCUCGCGAAACAAUCGGACAGCCACGGUUACGGCUUUAAAUCAGCCGCAGGCGGCUCCCAAGCUGAAAAUUAAAAUUGGUUCCGAUGUAAUGGAGGCCUCCGGUUCAUAUAGCGAUCGAGUACGACCGCCAAAGAAACGUUUGGCAACUAUGGUACCUCCAAGUCUAGAAGAUCUGCGCAGAGAUGCGUUGAUGUUUGCUGAGCAAAUGAUGUUUGAAGAUGAAGAGGAGGGUCGUAAAGCGAAAAAGCACAAAAACAAGGAUAAAGAACGUGAUCGAGAGCAUAAAAAACGCAAAAAAGAAAAGAAGCACAAAAAGGAUAAAGGUGAAAAGCUAGAAAAGAUGGAGAUUAUUAACAAGUCUGAAGAUGCACCUCGAAUUGUCAUACGGCUAGGCGUUAAAAAACCACUAGGCGAAGAAGGUAUAAAUACAUCAAUACCCGAUCCUACGGUUAGCCGACAGGAUUCACCAGAAACGGAUCCAUUAGCUUUGGAUCUCGCAGAGUUGCACAAUAGCAAUGACAGCAGUAACUGCAGCAGUGGAAUAGUAAAACCCCAAAUAACACCAAUUCGGCUCAAAUUAGCCAGAAACUCAUCUGGUGGCGGAUACGUAAUGUCUUCAAAGAAUAAAAAACUGGUUGACGAUCAACUUCUACAACAACAGCAACAACAACAGUCGAAUAGACAAAUAUCGGAAAGUUAUGAGGAAACUAAAACCUUGAAUAUCGUACUUUCAAAACUAGACAUUCCGUUCAAUACGGAGACAAUCGACCUGAGUGCUGCUCCCUCCUUGUGCACAGAUAAUGUGCUACCUAACUUCGUUGGUGUAACUAAUUCGAUUAAAGAAACGACUUUGCCAGCAAGUUUUAAUUCAUCAUCGUCACAUCCCUGCAAGACUGUCGACCUUGGUGCAAUGUGCUCAUUUACUUCUUCCACUACCACCGCUUCCACCACCAUGUCUUUCAGCAAUAACUUUGGUACAGGCGGCGGCAGUAGCAGUAACAGUGGGACGCAAUUCAAUCCGUUUGCAAAUUCCAUUCCACAACAACAACAGCAUACGCUGCCACAAUCUCAGCUGCAGCAAGCACAGCAGCAGCAUGAUUUAUCUGCCGCUGCCAAAGACUGUGAAGUAAGAUGACGUUUUAUGUAAAUAAUCGUGUAAAUGUUUCAUUGUUGUGCAAAUCUCUCCAGUCAAAUUGUGUAAAUUGUUUUCCUGUUGGUACUAUUUUCAUUUUAAGAACGUUGUUUUAAUUUUAAGUCUUUCAAGGGACGCCGAAGCGGAACAAAGUCGCAAGCGAGGAAAAUUUCGAAAGCUUCAAAGCCAAGUAAUUUUUCUCUGUAUGACUUUACCUUUUUCAGUCUUUCCGAGAUAUGUUCUUUAAGAGAUGGUGGCAAAUAAAGUUUAUUUUGUUUUAGGUUUAUUACUUUUUAGUUAGGAAAACCUCAUUUGUUCAAAUGAAAAACAUGUUACUAUGUAAGAAAGCUAAGCUUCCCAUUUGUAAAUAGUCGAACGAAAGUUUUAAUUGCGAUGUAGCAGAUCAAAUGAAAUAUUUAACAGAAAUGUAAAAAUAGUAAAAGAAAUCAUCGCUAAAGUUUGCAAGAUUGUAAUAUAAUUAAAAAUAAACCCUACAGCAAUGAAAACGACAAAAUUGUUAACGGCAAACUUGCAAAUAAAAGAAGAUCUACUUACAUACUAGAUGCAAACAAUUUAAAUACCAGCAAAUAAAUCGGAUCUUCUUAUUUUGUUCUAUCAACAGCUGAAUAAUCUAGUUUACCCUCUGUUAAAUAUUUGUCGUUCUCUGUGGUUACACAUUAACACAGGAGAAACGGUAUAAACAUCAGAAAAUACAGACAAAACAAUAGCCUAUGCAAACAAAUAGCAUAAAAUGAGAGGAGUGCAAAAAAACCAUCGAUCUCGAAUGCAGACGUUGUGCCGGUUAACUGUUUAAAAUAAUUAUACGUGUGUUCGUAAGUGCGCCUGAUAUUGUUGUUGUUGGGUCUGGUGUGAAAUUAUCACGAUGAGAUUGUACGUAGUUAUAAAGUUCUCCCCUUUCCCCCGUAUCACACACAUCUUGUAAAUAUCUUCUUAUUAGCAUCGCAACAUUGGCGCCACCGAGUUUCCCCUGCCGGAAUAAAAAUAUAUUAACAUGCUCCACUAAACUUAAAAGGAGGUAAAAGGUUCGCCACAAAUAUUGUACAUAUUGGAACUAGCUGUAAAACUAUUGUAAAUUUUAAGUGACCAAGAUUCGUUUUAUACCGAGCAUUAAUUCAUUAAUCUGUUACGUGUGUGUGUACAAUAGUACCGAGAAAAUGAAAAGAAUGUUUCACCUUAUUCAAUUAAGACACGUUAGCUAAACUGAAUUGUAAGAAUGAAAGAAAAUAUAUUCAAAAACAAAACUAGCGAAAGAGAAUAAACACUUGAGUUACGAUUAGUAUUAAUUUUUAUGUCGUAAUGUCUGCGAUUACUAUACAUAUAGUUUGCCCAUAUAAACUAUUUAAUUUAUUUAUGAAAAACCCCUCCUUUACGUAGGAUUAGGAUAUAUUAAGUAAAAAUAAAAGAAACGGUUAAUCUUAGUGAACAUACAAAAAUACACAAAGUGAACUACACUCUUUUUUAGAGACAAGGAAAAAAACAACACAUACAGUUGACUAUUUUAGAAGGAAGAAAUGCGACUAAAUGAAUCGUAACUAUGAAUGUAUUAUAACUUAAUUUAUCAGGACAAAGUUAUAUCGUAACUUAACACACACACACGUGAAAAAGUAGAAAAUUCAAAACAAACAAUGGAGAUAAAUUUAAACUAAUGUAAGGAUGUCGAAAGGCAACAAGUAACAAAAGAGAAAACAAAAGUGAAAGGUAAUUUGUGAAUAUGAGUAAAAUAUUCUCUCUUAGUUUCUUAGAACAAGUAAAUGUCAAAUAUCAUGUAACAAAGCAUAAUUAAACAUGGUAAUUUAAACAGAGACGAAAGGCAGAGGAAAUGCAUUGAAGAAACGCAAUAUAUUUUUAUUAUUAUUUUAUAUUUAAUUUCCUUUAAAUCUCUGUAAAUUAUGAAAAUUUACAACAAAAUCAAUAUAAAUAAAUUAUUCUUACAAAUACAUAAACUGAAAAUAAUAACCAAA